ACGACCCCCUCUCUCCCUCCGCCCUCCCGAUGCCCGACGUUUCUCUUUGUCUCUCCCCGAUGCCCCUCGCCCUCCCCUCCCGCCGGACACUCGCCGUCCUCCUCGCCUGGGCGGCCGCCGUCGCCCUCAUCCACACCUUCCUCUUCCCCCUCCCCCUCCCCGCCCUCUCCCUCUCGCGGCCCACCGCCCAGCAGCACUUUCUCUCCACCGCCUUCCCCCAGCCCCCACACCGCGAAGGCGACGACCAGGUAGACUCGGUAGACCCCAGAUGGCGCCCCUUCCACCCCCUCCCGGCCCCCGAGCCGCCUUUCCCGAGGCUCAGGCCGACCCGCUUCCUCCCCCCAAAGUGUCUCGAGCAGUGGUUCAUCGACGGCGAGACCCUCUGCGGCCCCGCCGACUUUGGUGACGAGGAAAAGCUCGACGCCACCUGGCUCUGGGUCAACGGCUCAGACCACAGGUGGCGAGACAGCAUGGUCGCAUGGCGAACCAAAGAAGACAUCUACUCGCCCGAACAUCACUUCCGCGAACAGAACGAGCUCGUCCACUCGAUGCGCUCCGUCCUCGACGCCCUCCCCGGCCGCAUGCGCACCUUCCACCUCAUCCUCGCCGACUACCCCUUCAACUAUCCCGAAGACCUCGACCUUGUCCCCGAGUCGGUGCUUCCGCAGCUUGAAACCGCUGCGGCGAGCAGAAUCAAGGGCCGUACCCACGCCCGAGAUAUCCCUGCCGGUCCUUCCCACGACGGCAACCUCACGGAGCGAGUCUCCACCGCCGACAUCUCCCCCGCACUGCAAGAGUAUCUCAAGGACCAGUGGCGCGUCGUCCAGACACCCACCUGGCUCGACUUUUCCCGCAGAGACCCCUCCAGCCCGUCCCACCCCUUCCACCCCUAUUCCGUCACCAAGGAGGGCAAGAGCGCACAGCACCAUGCAGAGGCCAACUAUCCCACCCUCAGGUAUGCUGCGCACUCGGAAAUCUUCCACUUGCCUUCUGGCGACCGCGACGGAAGACACUUGGGCGAGGCCGACUGGAGGGAGCAGGAAUGGCGCAAAAAGGCCCUGCCGACUUUCAACUCUAUGGCCAUUGAAGGCAGAAUCGGAUGGUUGCCCGGACUCGCCGAUGCUGUGAUUGCGCUCAACGACGAUUUCUUCCUCCUCCGUCCCCACGCCGUCUCGGAUUUCCACUCGCCCCUUUACGGCUCCGUCAUUCGAUUCGACCACGGCUACAACCAGCAAGUCAAGCCCGACAUUGACCGCAACAAUAUCAACAAUGCUGGUGAAAUCGGCGGUCUCUACCACGCCAACGCUUUGCUUUCCCAGCGAUUCCCCCACCGACUGCGUCCGUACUUUGCCCACGUCCCCAAGACCAUCACUAGAGGCUUGCACCACGAGGCGAGCUUGAUGUUCAAGGAAGCCAUGGCGGACAGUGGCGAGAGGCGAUUCAGAGAGAUGAAGCUUGGUGACGGUGAUGUCCAGAUGCAGUGGCUGCUUACUGCGUUAAGAGUCGAAAGAUGGCGAGAAGCACUCCUCUGGACUUGGGUCGUGACCAAUAUGGGAACCCGCGGAUCCACAAAGGCCCACUGGGACGACAACACUCGAUCUGAAAUCAAGGACCUCUUUGGCUUUAGCGACGGCGACGACGAUGUCGUCAAGAUUGAAGUCCACAGAGGCGAGAGGUGGACGCUCGAGAAUGGCAGGAUGCAAAGGGCGUUCGAGCAGGCUGGUUGGGAGGCGCCCAAGGCCACCGAAUUCUUGUGGUCUUCGAUGGACGGCCCCAUGCCCCACCUCCUCAAGGGUGGCAAGGACCCAGAGACAAACAACAAGUGCAUGCUCGACCUCAACCGCUGCUUUGGCUCCUUCUGGUCUCGCGGAGAACACGUUGCCUCUGACGACAUGUUUAAGCGACUCACUUUCCAGUACCCCGAAUGCGGCGACUGCUGUAAGUAUGCAAGCACCGCGUAGACGAUCACUCACCGUCGGUAGUGACAAUGGCUCUGGUCACCGCCUCUGGCCCCCUCGGUCUCUCUGCAUUCUUCCCUCCCAAGGACACCACCUUUACCGCCCCCAAGCUCGCGCCCAACGCCGAGUACCCCACAUUCCUUCCCCCUCCCCAUCUCCCCCUCACGCCCACCUGGCACGAGGCCGAUUUCUCUCUCGAGAGCGUCAUGACCAGCACCGCCUUGCCCGAAGAAGAGGUCGAUCUUCGACAAUACUGUAUGAAGUUGCUCUCGCGGUAUCUGUAUCUUGAUGCCAAAUCCGUCUCACACUUUCACAUGCUCAAGAAUGCCGAACACGCCGGCCGCGUCUUCAAGCAGAUCCAAGACACCCCCAGUGUAUCGAUAUUAGGAAUGAACGACGACAUUGAAGCCGAUUACGACGAGACCAAGCGUUUAAUGAACGAAUGGUUUGAGAUGAGGUGGCCCAGGAAGGCGGUAUGGGAGAGGGAUUGGGAUGCGGUCAAGGACCGAUAUGUGGACUAGAUUACUGUUUUGAAACCCCCUAAUAGAUAGACAUUACACUUGUAUCUUGCGCAUUGAUUAUCCAUACAUGAUUGAGCUGGUUCUCAAUGUCAUCAUCUCCAUGCAGUAGACAUUGAACCUGUUGCCAUGCAAAAUCAUUCAUA